UUUUUGUAUUAAAUAAAUUAUAUCGAUGCGAUAAGAACAUUUUUUCAAAAUAAUGAAAUAGCGUUUGACGUCGUGUCCAGAAAUGCAUUCGAUGCAUUCAACGCGUUGUGCGCGUUCGAUAUGUCAGUGGCCACCAGCAGAGUUACCCAGUGAGAUAUAUACGAACAUCUUUCACAACUCUGCGAAAUUUAAAGACUAGUUUCGCAGAAUUGCUUAGAGAUGUCGCCGCUUUGUCACAUUGACGCGCGAUUCAGAAACUGCAUUCCUGUCUUGUCCGACUCGUCCCUCUACUCCUUCCUCACUUCCCGUUCCAUAUGUUACUGUAUAUGUAGUGAAUGUGAAUGUGAAUUAAACGGUAUAACGAUGUGGUUAUGUAGCGCCCAGUCUUGGUCGUCGCUUUUAUAUUGUGUUAUCAGUAUUGAAUUAUUCUAUUGUUGAUCGCUGUAGAUCGACGUAUGAAUUUCGCGACCGACGUGUUCACAACGUGAUAAAAUGGCCCCUACCAUACAGACCAACAGCAAUCAAGCUGACCGGGACAAACGCGCGGUCAGGCCAGCGGAGAAGCGAUCCGAGCUCAUAUGCAGAGUGAAAUAUUGUAACACGCUGCCGGAUAUUCCAUUUGACCCGAAAUUCAUAACUUAUCCCUUCGAACCUACCAGGUUUAUUCAGUACAAUCCGACCUCGUUGGAGCGUAAUUAUAAGUACGAAGUAUUGACGGAGCAUGAUUUAGGUGUAGAAAUUGAUCUGAUAAAUAAGGACACAUAUGCGGGAGAUCCGAACGCUCAGUUAGAUCCGGCUGACGAAAAGCUGCUGGAGGAGGAUGUUCUUACACCUCAAGAUUCUAAACGAUCGCGGCAUCAUGCUAGAAGCGUUUCCUGGUUAAGACGCACGGAAUACAUUUCCACGGAGAGUACCAGAUUUCAGCCGCAAACAGCGGACAAGGUUGAAGCCAAAGUUGGUUACAGUAUUAAAAAGAACUUCAAGGAGGAAACACUGUACAUGGAUCGCGAUAGUCAAAUAAAAGCUAUAGAAAAGACAUUUGAGGAUAAUAAAAAACCAAUUGAAAGACACUACAGUAAACCAAACGUAGUACCUCUAGAAAUAUUGCCUGUAUAUCCAGAUUUCAAGUUAUGGAAAUAUCCAUGUGCCCAAGUCAUAUUCGAUUCCGAUCCUGCGCCAACUGGUCGAUCUGUACCCGCACAGAUUGAAGAAAUGUCACAAGCCAUGAUACGAGGUGUGAUGGACGAGAGUGGUGAGCAGUUCGUAGCUUACUUUUUGCCGUUGGAAGAAACGUUGGAGAAGCGCCGACGAGACUUUACCGCUGGUCUCGACUAUGCUGAUGAGGAGGAAUACGAGUACAAAAUGGCAAGAGAAUACAAUUGGAACGUCAAGAGCAAAGCUUCGAAAGGAUACGAGGAGAAUUAUUUCCUUGUGAUAAGACAAGACGGGGUUUACUAUAAUGAAUUGGAGACGCGCGUGCGACUGAGCAAACGGCGCCAGAAGGUCGGACAGCAGCCAAACAACACGCGCCUGAUAGUGCGUCACCGACCGCUAAAUGCCAACGAAUUCAGAAUGCAGAGAUAUCGAGAAAAACAAUUGGAACCACCGGGAGAGGAGGACGAGGACGAGGAGGAGGAAGAGGAGGAGCAGGAAAAUCAACAAGAGGAGAAAAUAGACGGGAAAGAUAUUCCAAUUAAAGGUUCCGAAGCAGAGAACGAGGAAGGAUCGCGUGCCUCGUCGAGAGCGUCCUCGCGGGCGUCCAGCAGAAGAUCGAGGUCCCGCUCGCGAUCUCGUUCCAAGUCCGGCUCAAGAUCGCGAUCAAGGUCGAGGUCCAGAUCGCGUUCGCGUUCGCGGUCGCGAUCGCAUUCACGUUCACGUUCACCAUCCAAAUCUAGAUCGCCGUCUCGAUCGCGCUCGCGUUCCGAGUCGCGUUCGCCGUCUAAAUCGCGCAGUAAAUCGCGAUCUCGGUCUGGCAGUCCUCAAUCGAGGAACACAUCGAGAUCUAGAUCCAAGUCGAGAUCGCGCUCGGGAACGCCUGCGAAGUCACCGUCGAGAUCUCGGUCGAGCUCGCGGUCCAAGUCCAGGUCCCGGUCAAGGUCGAGAUCCGGUACCGGUAGCGGUAGCGGUUCCGGUAGCGCGACCGGCGAAAGCGGCUCCGAGAGCGAGUGAAUCGAGAAACGCGAUCAAAAAUAUUAAUGUAAUUAAUUUCAAUGUCAAUCAUUUCCAUCUGAAUCAUUAUUUCGACGAAUGUUUAUAUCAUCGCUAUUUGAAAAUAUUUCGGGUAACAGUCCCGCCGAAUAACAGAAUAUUCGUAUGUUGAGCAAACAUUAAUUCUUUGAUGGUAGUCAUAUAUAGCGAGUAUCAUCAUUGCGUCAGGGUGUACGAGUUUUCGGCGGAACGAAAAAUAAAGAAAUAAUUUCAAAAAAACA